AUGGAAGCAGCGCAAGAUCCAGCUGCACAACCAUCGUCGGAGGAUGCUUGUCCUCAGCCUUCAUCUGAUGCCAGCACAGACGUCAACGAUGCAGGGGAGAGCUCAAAGACGGAAGAGAAGUCAGAGCGAAAUGAGGAAAAAGCAGCAGCAGCGGUGGUCUCACAGGAAGGGUCAUCUAAGGAGCAUAAAGAGGAGAAGGCGGUAGCAGCACAAGAUGUCUCUCGGAAGGAUACAGACACUAGUGGUGAAGUGGAGAAGGAACGAGACAAUGGUGCUGAAGACAAGAAGGUUGUAGAGAAAGAAACACCCGAUGUAGAACACAAUCCGUUCCAGAUUGCACCUAAGGAACCUGCAGAAUCCGCGGCGCAUGUGAAAAAUGAGAAAACUGAAGAGGGAAAAACCUCGGUUGCAACCACGGAUAUUGAUGUGAAAGUCAGCGAACCUGAACACAGCAAGGAUGUGAGUCAAAGUGAAGAAACAAAGAAGGAAGUGAAAGACCAAAGUGACGGAGAGAAGAACGAAGGGAAAGCCACGUCAACGACUGAAGAAAAGAGCGAAGAAGUCAAACCAAGUCAGAACUCAUCACAGAUUGAAGCUCAGCCGAGCAUCAACGCAGAGUUGUCGGAUGAUCAGCAGUUGGUAGCAUCCCUUGCAGCGGCAGCCUUUGGCGAAGUUCCUGUCAUGGGCGAUGUUGACAUGUUGAGGACUGAGUCGGAGAUCUACCCGAAAGCUAGCGGUGCGGAGGAGAAGGCAGCCGGGCAACCGAACAGGACUGAUGACAACGAGGCUGUUGCGAUGUUGUUGGGCCUCUCGCAGUCAGAGAGCACUGAGAGGAGCGAGAGCGCGGAGAAAUCGCAAAGUCUUGUCAAAGGAGGUGAGAGCCACCGAACUGAGACGAAGCCGGAGCCCAAGACUCCCCGGAAACAAGAGCCCGGCAGCUCGAAGAAGGGGAAGGCUCAUCAUGAACACGCCAAGGCAAAGAAAGGCCAAGAGUCCACGCCCAACGCUAAGAAGGCGAACGCGGGAGAGAAGGUGAAGGUGGAGGGCGAGGACAAGACUGCUGGGGAGAUCAACAAGUCCAAGCGGGAAAGGGAGAACGCUGAAAAGAACGAAGAGGUGGCCACCCCCGGUAAGGAGAAAGACUCAAAGAAGAAACAGAAGAAGCAGAUUGGUGAACAAAUUCAGAACGAGAAAACUCUCUCGAGAGAAGAGAGAAAGAUGCUCGCCUACAUGCGACAGUUUGAAGAGAUGGAGAGGAGGCAGCAGAGGCUUGAAAACCCUGGAACUCCGCGGGAGAAACAUGAUGGUGAUGGCCAUGACGGGAGGGCAGAGAGGGUGGAGUCGAAGUCUUCCCAUGCUAAGGGCGCGGACGUGAAGCAUGAAUCGCACGGCAGCGCGAACGAUGCAGCUGGUCAGGGAGCUCGAGGAGACGGGGAGACUGCAGACAGUGCAAGCGCAUCUGCUGCCCAGGAGGUGCAGGAGCGUUCGGCCGACUCUGCGGAUCAUUCUACGAAGAUUGAAGAUGCUGCAGCAGAGGACGGAACGAAGUCCGACCACGAUCAUGUCAACAAACAUUUCUCGCACCACAACACGUCCGGAGCGAACCAGCAGUGGCGAGGAACGAAGGGCCAUGGCGUGAGGAUGGGGAACAUGCUCAAGACUUGCUACAAGUUGACGGACAAGCAGCGACAGGCGAUGGAGAUCGCUGCUGGCGGGGGCCUCCUCCUCCUCCGCGCCUUCAAGGCAGGAGCGGAGAAAAGAGCGCCCUGUGUUCGCUUCCUCAAGAUCCCUCGGGACUCCGAAGUCUCAGAGAAGGAGGUGGAGGUGAAGACAGUGAGACUGGAUGCUCAAACCUGGAUCAAUGCGGCCAAGGCCACCAACCAGAACCGCCUGAACCCGAAGAGGCGAACGGUAGACCGCAGGAAGUUCCCUCUUGUCAAGAGGAUCCUGCAUCUGUGGAGUCUCGAGGCUCAGCCCGUGGCAGCUCCUCCGAGGAAGGAAGUGGAGCCUUCAAGUACCAAGGCCGGGGCUGCGGGCGGGUAUCGUUUGAAGCAUGAGAAAGGAGGCCACUUGGAAAGGAUCGCAAGCAGCUGGCGGAAGGACCCUGAGGCUUCAAGGAGCGGAGCAAGUCGGGACGCGCCGCAGCCUGAGCGUGUGGAGGCGCAAGGAGGAGGACAGGCGAGGGAAGUUGGGCCAGCAGUCGGGACGGAGGCGCAGCCAGCGGCCAGCCAGGAGGAGCAGAGAAGGCCAGGAGCUCAGAGCGUUUCAGUGAAAGACGAGAUCAGAUCGUUUGUCGAUCACGUCGCUGCAGCCACGAGGGUCAACCAGCCUCCUGCCCAGAUGCCCUUCGGCUACCAGGGGGAGCCGAGCGCCGUCCCCAUGGACUUCAUGGCAGGGAGGGGAGCUCUGGACAUGGGCAGAGACAUGCACUUGCAGAGGCCCUUCCAUGACCAGGCCGCCUACUUCCGCCGCUCGGCAUGGGAUCAGCUGCCGACCGACCAGCCUCCUCCUUACAAGCAGGAGAACAAGUUCUCGAUGAUGCAUGAGCGGGACAUGGAUCGGGGGCCACUCAGUAGAGGCUACCGCCCUCCCAAGUUCGCCGAUGCUCCCCAGCCCUUCUUCCAACGACGCAGGGCCAUGAUCCCUCCUCCUCACAGAGACAGCUCGCUCUCGCCAAGGAGCAGGGAGUUCCAUCGGGAGCUGCAGGUGGCGCGUGAGCAUCGAAGGGUAGCAGAGUCGCUGGACAUGCAGGACGGCAAACCUGAGGGAGCUGAACUACCUACCCCAGUCUGGCCCCCGAUGCCGCCGUGGGUCCCCCCGCACCCGGGUCCCAUGGCGAGAAAGGAACGUCCUUCCAUGUUCGACUCGCGUCCCUCCUAUCCCAAACCUUCAUCUGCUCGCUAG